AUGGAAAAGUUCCCCGACUUCGUCGACACGCCCUUGGGCGAGUCACCUUCAGACAGCCCUUCGAACACUCCUGGCUGGGCAAAUGGCGCGCCCCCUCGUCCCUCCGAUCGCUGGCUUCCAGUCUCGAAGCAUGAUAGCAACUGGUCGACGGCAUCUCGAGGGCACACAAGGCAAAAGAGUCUCACUGAUGCCAUUCGCACAAUAAGAGGUCGCAAUGGCAGUGUUAGCCAGAAUGCCCAAGAGAUUGCCGACGCUCUACGUGCUCCUGUCUCCCCAAAGCUCAUUAUUCUGUGCCUAAUGUGGUACGCCUCGUCUGCGCUCACAAACACCUCGUCCAAGUCUAUUUUGAUAGCUUUUGACAAGCCCGCCACCUUGACACUGGUUCAAUUUGCCUUUGUAUCCUCGUUGUGUAUCUUCAUGGCAUGGCUAGCGACCAUUUUCCCCGUCUUGCGCACAAAGGUUGCAGCUCUCAAGUACCCAAUUCGAAAGCCGACCCGCGAUGUUAUCAGAACCACUCUUCCUCUCGCAGCGUUUCAGAUCGGUGGUCACCUUCUCAGUUCAACAGCCACCUCCAAGAUUCCCGUAUCACUUGUUCACACCAUCAAGGGUCUUUCCCCCCUCUUUACCGUCCUCGCUUAUAGAUUCGUGUACGACAUCCGAUACCCAAAGACCACUUAUCUUUCUCUGAUUCCUCUGACAUUUGGUGUCAUGUUGGCCUGCUCUGGUAAGACAACAUACGGUGGAGAGCUUAUUGGUGUUAUCCACGCCCUCCUAGCAACUGUCAUCUUUGUUACCCAAAACAUCUUCUCUAAAAAGCUAUUCAAUGAGGCUGCCAAAGCUGAAGCUGAGUCACCGCACUCAAUGUCGAAAAAGCUAGACAAGCUCAACUUGCUCUGCUACUCUUCUGGCAUGGCCUUUCUUCUCACCUUGCCUAUUUGGUUAUGGUCUGAGGGAUUCACUCUCCUCAUGAACUUGUAUCAUGAGGGCUCGAUUGAUCUGAAUGAGCAACCGAAUUCAAUGGACCAUGGACGGCUCACACUUGAGUUCAUCUUUAACGGUGUCUUUCACUUUGGCCAGAACAUCCUUGCCUUUAUCCUCCUUUCCAUUGUUUCGCCUGUUACGUACUCAGUUGCCAGUCUCAUCAAGCGUGUGUUUGUCAUUGUCCUGGCUCUGGUGUGGUUCAGAAGUCCUACAACGCCGAUUCAAGGAGUAGGUAUAGCCCUUACCUUCUUGGGUCUGUACUUGUACGAUAGAACCAAAUCGAGCAACAAGGCCGAUCAAAAAGCCCAAUCAAUGCAGGUCAAGAGAUCAUCAUUGCUCCCUACCACCAACGGCGGCUUGCGGCCUACGCCUAUUACAGAGUCUCCUCAAAGCACCGACCUCAACCCUUACCCUUACCGCGAAGGCUACUUUGGUCGCCCAACAGCAGCGGAGGAUUCCAAGAAGAGUGACGAUAGCGGUGCCCGAAGCCGGACUCCAGCCACUAGCAACGGCUGGCUUCCUCCUGGUACCAAGCAAGAAGAUACAUGGCAGCCUGGUGAUCGAGUUGCUGGUGUCGCAAGAUGA